AUGGAUGCUGCUAAACCAGUCUCUACACCUCUUCCAAAAAAUGCCAAUAUCUGUACACACGGAAGUGUGAAAUUUGAGGACCCUAAUCUGUAUCAUAGUGUCUGUGGAGCUUUACAAUAUCUUCAUCUCACCAGACCAGACAUUGCGGUAGUAGUCAACAAAGUCUGUCAGUAUAUGCAUAAUCCUUUUGUUGAGCAUUGGGAUCUAGUUAAGAGAAUCCUACGAUAUCUCAAACAUACAGUGCAUUACGGUUUAGUUUUCCGUCCUUCAGCGGAUACAACACUUCAUGCCUACUCAGACUCUGAUUGGGCUGGUAGUUUAGAUGAUAGAAGAUCAACAAGUGGCUACGGUAAUUACUUUGGCAGUAAUCGUAUUUCGUGGAGUGCACGCAAGCAAAAAACAGUCUCUAAAUCCAGCACUGAGGUUGAAUACAAAGGCAUAGCCAUAGCUACAUCAGAAUUGAUAUGGCUUCAGUCACUAUUGCAUGCAUUGCAGUACAAGUUCCAACAUUAUGGUGUGACAAUCUGGGUGCGACUUAUCUGA